AUGUCCACCACCUCAAGACCCCCCAAGAACCUCCCCCUCCUCUCCCGCCACAUAACAACCCACAACGCCAACGGCCAAGCCAUCUUCUCCACAACCCUGUCCCCAACCAUGCCCGUCUCCCCAAUCCCCGACGGCGCCGACUUCUCCCUCGCCUACACAACAUCCACCUACCCCGUGCGCCUGCCCAACGACCCGGAAACCGACGUCCUCGAGUACGCCUCCUACCUGGCGCCCGGCGCCGCGCCGGGCCUGGUCGUGUCGAGCGGGAGCGUCUGCCGCAUUGUGGACAUGCAGCCCGGCGCCCUGAGCCCGAUGCAUCGCACUGUCUCGCUCGAUUACGGGGUUGUGCUUGAGGGUGUGGUCGAGCUGGUGCUGGACUCUGGGGAGAGCAGGGUGUUGCGUCGGGGCGAUGUUGCGGUGCAGCGCGGGACGAACCAUGCGUGGAGGAAUGUUAGUGGGGAGGGCAGGUGGGCGCGCAUGUUGUAUGUUUUGCUUCCGGCGGUGGGGGUUGAGGUUGGUGGCAAAUUGCUGGGCGAGGAGUUGGGGGAGAUGGGGGUUAGGGGGAGUACUUGA